CCUUGUGGGAAGCAUUUCAAUAUUUGUUUUUGUUUGUUUUUUAUUCUGAAUUGCAACAACACUCGCAUGUAGAACUAAAUGCUAUGGUCAGUGUAGUUUUCAUUUUCAUACAAAUCUCAAGUGCAGUGAUAACAGUAGUUUGUAAUAAUUUGUGUUGAGUAACUAGACCAUUUUCAAAUUUUCAAUUAAAUUUAAAGAAAUAUUUUGAAGAAGAAGAAAAAGGAAAAAAAGUGGUGACACCUAAGCCGAAAAGGAAUUCGAUUUGCCUGGGCUUAGUCAUAAAUAUUUGGACGAUAAAACUUCAGUCAUUUGAGUCAUUCCAUUCGUCUAGACCUAGCCGUCAAUCGAUUGACUAAAAAUGGUCGGUUUAAUGGUCAAUGAGUUCAUCUGAACAUAACUAUCAAGCUGUGGGUGCUUCUGAAACCACCAGAUUCAAAGAGUAUAGAAUGGAAGAAGGAAACAAAAUUAGACUUUAUCUGACAGCGGUGCUUGUCAAUGUAGCUAGCGUAGCUGUUGGAACAGCUAUCGGGUGGACAUCUCCUGUUUCACCGAAACUUAAUGACGAAGAGCUUACUGAUACUCCUUUAUCAAAUGUGCCCGACGCACAGGAAUUAUCAUGGAUCGGAGCACUAGUGCCACUGGGCGCUUUAAUUGCUCCAUUUGUUGCUGGUCCCUUAGCAGAUAAAAUUGGGAGAAAGUGGACAUUACUGUCAAGUACAGUGUUCUUUGCCAUCGGUUCAAUUUUAUUUUUAACUGCUGGUUCAGUGGGACAAUUAUACGCGGCACGAUUGAUUCAAGGAUUUGGCGUUGGCUUUGUGAUGACAGCUCAACCCAUGUAUAUUGGAGAAAUUGCUACGGAUGACACACGAGAUACACUCGGUUCGUUCAUGCAACUUUUCAUUGUAACAGGCAUUCUGUACGUGUACGCUAUUGGCCCGUUUGUCAGUUACUAUGCUCUACAAUAUGCCUGUCUGGCUAUACAGGCAGCUUUUGCUGUGGGUUUCUUUUUUAUGCCAGAAAGUCCGUACUAUUACAUUGGGAAAGGCAAAAAGAAGGAAGCAACUGAAGCGCUGAAAUUUUUGCGUGGUAAAAGUGGCGAAGGUGUGCAAGACGAACUAACAGACAUACAAGUUUCGGUGGAAGAGUCCAUGAGAAACACAGCAUCUCCACUUGAUUUAGUGAGAUCCAAAGGAAAUCUGAAAGCUUUAAUUGCAAGCGCAGGACUAAUUCUGUUCCAACAAUUGUCUGGUAUCAAUGUUGUCUUAUUUUACACUCAAGACAUUUUCAAAGACACCGGUAGUGAUCUAAAGCCUGAAAUUGCCACCAUCAUAAUCGGUAUUGUUCAAGUGGCUGCCAGUGGCCUAACUCCGAUCGUGGUCAAGAAAUUGGGAAAACGAAUAAUGUUGCUCGUCUCGGCGGCGGCCAUGUGUUUAUCCAUGGGAUUGAUGGGUCUGUACUUUUACUUGAAAGAAAACGAUCCCGAAACGGCCAAAUCAAUAUCUUGGCUACCGAUUGCGGCACUGGUCAUUUACAUCAUUCUCUAUUGCCUCGGUUUCGGUCCCCUUCCAUGGGCCGUGCUUGGCGAAAUGUUCCCGUCAAAUGUUAAGUCGUACGCAUCCUCACUGGUAGCUUCGACCUGCUGGAUAAUGGGAUUCCUGAUAACAUUGUUCUACUCAACGUUAGUGGUUGCAAUUGGUUCGGCAUGGUCAUUUUGGUUGUUUACAAUUUGUUGCGCCGUAGCGAUACCAUUCACAUUCAUCAAUGUGUUCGAAACGAAAGGGAUGAGUUUGCAACAGAUUCAAGACAAACUUAAUGGGAAGUAAAAAAAAAUGCUGUAGAGCAAUUGUGGAAAGUUACCCAUUGUAUUUUCAUGUUAUUAAGCACCAAUUGUUUUAACAAAAUGUAAUUUAUUUCAAAUAAAAAUUUUUUAAAUGUUUU